AUGUACAGAAGCCUUUUCAAUAGAACCAUCUCGUGUGGUCGUCAGUGGCAAAAACAAGAUCAAGGAACCAGAUUCCGUUAUUUUUUCUACUUGUUUAUCUUUUCCAGUGGUCUUUUGGUAGCUGCAACUAGAAAAGUCGAUAAUAAGAAACCACAAACAUCAUUUACUGAAAAAGAAUAUAAAGAGUAUGAGGAGGCAACCGGGUUGAAAAGACGUUCGAAACUCAUACAUGGAGAGUUACUGGAAAAAUACAACUUUUAUGUAGUACCAUUUGUUCAUCAAGACGAAUCAAUCGAUAAGAUUGUUUCAAAAUUACCCAAGGAUAAAGAAGUAAAGGUCAUUGAUCCAAAACAAUUGGUUGAACAAGAGAUUGAUGACCCAACCGCAAAAUAUUCGAUAUUAUUACAAGAUUUGAGAGCAUUGAAUAAACCAUUGGUUAAAGGAUUAAUCACUGCAUUAAUAAAGCAAGAAAUCAAUUUAUAUAUGAAUACUCGUAAAGGUACUUUUGAUACUAAUUUUGUCAUUAAGAAUUAUCCUCAAAAUGCCGAUGAAGCAAUUAGAUUUGAAAAUACCAUUUCUGAUAUUACUAAAUGUUUAGUAUUAAGAUAUGAUAUUAAUAAUGAGUUAUCGAAAUCUAAAACUGAAAAUGAACAAAGAUUAAUAAAAAAUGUUAUUGGUUAUUUCGACGUUGUUAAUAAGAACCGUUACAUUGAUUUAAACCAUGAUGAAAUGGACGAUAAACUUCAAGAAAUAGUUUUAGAAGAUUUAUAGUUUAA